CCUGACGAUGUCGGCGCUCCGUCUCCAGGCAGCGAACCGGCGCUGAUCGACAGCAACCGGAGCUCACUGCUCUCCAACAUGUCCUCGUCCUCGGAGGACUCGGACGGCGGGUACCGGGGGCCGACGGUCGGUCUGGCCCGCGCCCGGGUCGACUACGUGCCCAGUCCGUACGACCGCGAGGCGCUCCGGUUCAGCCGCGGCGACACCAUCCACGUCAUCAGCAUGAACCCGAGCGGCCUGUGGCGGGGCGCGCUGCACGGACGCGUGGGCACCUUCAAGUUCAUCAACGUGGAGGUGCUGCCGGCCGAGGAGCGGGCGCGUCAGUCGGCGGCGCCGCCGCUCCAGGGCCGGCCCAGCUCCGUGCCGCAUCUGCUGGAGCAGCUCGGCGUGCCGGAGUACGCGCACAUCUUCAGUCUGCACGGUUUCGAUCGUGUGGAGGACUUCUACUCGUUGGAGGCGGAGCAGCUGUCCGACCUGGGUAUCGUCGACCCCGAGCACCGGUCCAGCCUGCUCGGCGCCGCCCGUGCUCUCUCUGCUGACCCUGACGCCGGCAGCCCGCUCUCGCUGUGCGACUUCACUCAGCCGCUGCUCUCGGAGCUGAUCCGCGACUCGGGCUGCUACGACGUCUGGCGGCUGACUGAGGAGACCGCCGCGCUGAAGGCCAGCUCACCGGCCGCGGCCGAACGCCAGCCGGCGGGUCGGGAGCCGGCCGACGGUGACGAUGACGCCGACGGUGAAGGCGACCCGCUCGACCCGACAGCCGAGCUUGACGGGCCCCGCAGCAGCGCCGAGCCGGCGGCCGAGCCAACGGCCGACACCGGGGCGGACGUGGUGCACGCGCGGCCCGCCGCCGUUCGCGCCUCCCCGCCGCGCCUGGACACCAGCCCCGUGGUCGACUUCGAGCGCAAGUUUCAGAACGCGCGCAGCGUGUUCGAACCGAACUGCGUGCGCCGUCAGAUCCCGGUGGGGGUGCGGUCGCGGACGCACUUCAGCUCCCGCGAGCCAAUCACCGUCGAGGACGAGGUGGCCGUGUGA